AUGACGAGACGACGUCGGAGCUCGAAGGCGACGAGUGGAUCGACGUCGAAGGUGAAGGCGACGAGUGGAUCGACGUCGAAGGUGAAGGCGACGAGUGAAUCGACGUCGAAGGCGAAGGCGACGAGUGAAUCCACGUCGAAGGCGAAGGCGACGAGUGAAUCCACGUCGAAGGCGAAGGCGACGAGUGAAUCGACGUCGAAGGCGAAGGCGACGAGUGGACCGACGUCGAAGGCGAAGGCGACGAGUGGACCGACGGCGGCGACGAGUGUUCAGGAAGAAGAUAAAGGAGUUACUUACGGAGAGCUAGGGUUUGUAGUCCGAGAUGUUUUAGGUGACGGCAACUGCUUUUUCCGAGCGCUAUCCCAUCAGCUCGUCAGUCAUGAGGAUUUACACUCAGAAUACCGUAAACAGCUUGCUCAGCAUAUGGAGGAUAACCGGGAUGUUUACGAUCCCUUCCACCGGAGCAGAGAUGACAAUGACGCCACAACAGAGAGCUAUGAUGAAUAUAUAAAAAAGUUGAAAAACAAGGCUUGGGGCGAUGACCUGGAGCUGAUGGCAGCGGCAAAGGCCUUCGACUGUAUCAUCCACUUGUACCAGGUAAACUUUCCAGGCCGUCGGGUUUACGAACCUUAUGAGGAUGCAACUAGAGAAGUCCCACCCAAAACGCUUAGCCUCUUAUAUGAUCCAGUGGGGUUCCACUACCAGAGUCUAGUUAAGCCUCCCAGUGGAAGCCAGUCAAAGAGAGCCAAGAGAGCCAAGAGAGCCAAGAGAGCCAAAGGAACGAGUGGAAGCCAGUCCAAGAGUUCCAAAGGAACGAGCAGUUAUGAGGAAAUAGGAUUUCAAAUCCACGAGAUUGAAGGCGACGGGAAUUGCUUAUUCCGAGCAGUAGCUCAUCAGCUCGACGGGGAUGACGGAAAACACUUCACAUAUCGCGAAAAAGUUGCUGACUUAAUGCUGGAACAUCCUAUAAAAUACAAGCGCUAUGUUCUUAAGUAUGAUAAGGAGGGAAGACGUCAGAGUCUUGCGCAAUACAUUGAGGGAAUACGCACUGGUUUUAUAUGGGGAGCGGAACCAGAGUUGUUGGCACUUGCCUCUCUCACCCGCUGUUGCAUACAUGUUUACAAGAAAGACUCUCCUCUAGACCCUGAGGCUUUUACACCCUAUGAUAAUGCAGUUACACGGACAAUCAGCGUGUUAUAUGAUGCUGCGGAGAAACACUAUGAUAGUUUGAUCUCUCCAUUUAUGAAGGAGAAGGAAGAUCCUGUAUGGUGGGAUUAUGAAAACGUCCCUAUUCCCUUCGAUACAUCUGUCGGGGAAAUGUUUGAUAGACUGGUUUCCAGAAUCAAACGUGCAGGUUGGGGCCGAGAACAUGGGUUGAAAAUUAAACUUGUUCUAGGAUAUACAUCUUCAUUUAUCCCAAGAGAGCUAAUUGGCCGAGUUGAAGUCUUAUAUGCCAACUACUAUCCAAGACCAACCGAUGAUGACACAACGGGGGAUCAAUCAGCUGAUUGUAAAAUCAAAUCGUUGAUUCCGUUCUGGCUUGUCACAGCUGAAACAGGUCAAAAAGCAGUGUUAAUCACGGGAGAUGGGGAUUUUCAGACUGAUUUAAAUCUAUUGCAAAGAAGAGGGCAUGCGACUAUGGUUAUUCAUAGCCAGAAUUCGAAAUCUGCAAAGCUCGAAGGAGCCAAGGAGAAAAGGGCAUUAAGGGAGUUUUUGUCUCUUCCUAUGGAAGUGAAGAGCAAGCGUGAAAGAAACGUUGAGAAGAUCCAAGAAGCCAAGGAGGCGAGACUGAGAGAGAUACCGGAAAAGGAAAAGGCGAGAAAAAAAAGGAGGAAGGAACAGAUGCAGAAACAUGCAACUAAGAAUGCCCAGAAAAGGGCAAGAAAGAAGGCUAACAAAAGGGCGCAGAAAGAGAAAGGUAGAAGGUUUGAGGGUGGGUAUAAAUUAGUGACCCAAGAUGCUAUCUCCUUACAGAUCAAAGCUAACGAUGAGCUCUGGGAUAUUAGUCGGCCUUUGGAAGGUGACUGUAAGCUUGAGCUGUUUAAAUUUGGUAGCGAUAAAGGGAGGGGCACUCUUUGGCACUCUAGUGCUCACAUUCUUGGUCAGGCUCUUGAGCAGGAGUAUGGGUGUCAGCUUUGCAUAGGACCAUGUACGACGAGAGGAGAGGGUUUCUACUAUGAUGCAUUUUAUGACGAGUUGGCUCUAAAUGACAAUCACUUUCCUAACAUCGAAGCCGGUGCUGCGAAAGCUGCUAAGGAAGCGCAACCAUUUGAAAGGAUUGAAGUGACAAAAGAUCAGGCAAUUGUGAUGUUUUCUGAUAACAAGUUUAAGGUUGAAAUCAUGAACGAUUUACCUGCGGACAAGACCAUUACUGUCUAUAGAUGUGGCCCUGUUGUUGACUUGUGUCGUGGACCGCACAUACCAAACACUUCUUUUAUGAAAGCUUUCAAGUGUUUGAGGGCCUCAUCAGCUUACUGGAGGGGAAGUAAAGAACGUGAAAGUUUGCAGAGAGUUUAUGGGAUAUCUUACCCAGAUCAGAAACAGCUGAAGAAAUAUCUUCAAUUUCUAGAAGAAGCCAAAAAGUAUGACCACAGACUAUUGGGCCAAAAGCAGGAACUAUUCUUUAAUCAUCCACUCAGCCCUGGGAGUUGGUUCUUUCUUCCACUCGGCACUCGUGUAUAUAACAAGUUGAUGGGAUUCAUUAAGGAGCAAUACUGGAAAAGGGAUUACACAGAGGUCAUAACGCCAAAUAUGUACAUGAGUCUGUGGGAAACUUCCGGACAUGCUGCAAAUUACGAGGAGAAUAUGUUUACUUUUGAUAUUGAGAAGCAGGAGUUCGGGUUCAAACCUAUGAACUGCCCUGGUCACUGCUUGAUGUUCCAACACAGGGUUCGCUCAUACAGAGAAUUACCUAUUAGACUGGCUGACUUUGGAUUGUUACACCGCAAUGAGGCAAGUGGAUCCCUUAGUGGGUUGACUCGUGGCAGACGGUUCCAGCAGGAUGAUGCACACAUAUUCUGUACAGAGGAUCAGGUUACGGAAGAAGUGAAAUCUGUGUUGGAGUUCAUUGACUAUGCAUUCACAGUCUUUGGUUUUACCUAUGAGCUAAAGCUUUCAACGAGGCCAGAAAAGUACCUUGGUGAUUUGGCAACAUGGGAUAAAGCUGAAAAUGCUCUCAAAGUAUCCCUAGAUGCUUCGGGAAAGACAUGGCAGUUGAACGAAGGAGAUGGUGCAUUUUAUGGAACAAAGAUAGACAUCACAGUCUCAGAUUGACUGUAUGACAUCACAGUCUCUGGCUUUCAAUAAACAAAGCGUUACACUUUUUUUGUGGGUUUUGAGUUUGCCUAAUCUUUAAGGCUUGUGCCUUGUAUAACACGUUUCUUUUGAAGAUUGGUGCUAUUAUGAUAUCUGUCGGUCGAAAACCAGAAUAAAUGCGCAAAGUGCAAGAAUC